ACGCAGAGAACCGGCCUCCUGUCUCCGCGUGGAAACUUCAGGAGCGACCUCCUCCUCGCUGAACCCGAGUCCCAGUCCCUUGGAGGCUGCAGCCAUGAAGGAGAGACGGGCGCCGCAGCCGGUGGUGGUCAGAUGUAAGCUCGUGCUGGUGGGGGACGUGCAGUGUGGGAAGACGGCGAUGUUACAGGUGCUAGCGAAGGACUGCUAUCCCGAGACCUAUGUGCCUACCGUGUUUGAGAAUUACACAGCCUGUUUGGAGACCGAUGAACAGCGAGUGGAGCUCAGCCUCUGGGAUACUUCAGGGUCUCCUUACUAUGACAACGUCCGUCCACUCUGCUACAGCGACUCGGAUGCGGUGUUACUGUGCUUUGACAUCAGCCGCCCAGAGACUAUGGACAGUGCACUCAAAAAGUGGAGAACAGAAAUCCUAGACUAUUGUCCCAGCACCCGGGUUUUGCUUAUUGGCUGCAAGACAGAUCUGCGAACAGACCUGAGCACUCUGAUGGAGCUUUCCCACCAGAAGCAGGCGCCCAUCUCCUACGAGCAGGGCUGUGCCAUAGCCAAGCAGUUGGGCGCAGAAAUCUACCUGGAGGGCUCAGCUUUUACCUCAGAGAAGAGUAUCCACAGCAUCUUCCGGAUGGCAUCCAUGGUGUGUUUGAACAAGCCUAACUCAGUGCCCCCGAAGAGCCCUGUCCGCAGCCUCUCCAAGCGACUUCUCCACCUCCCCAGUCGCUCUGAACUCAUCUCUUCCACCUUCAAGAAGGAAAAGGCCAAAAGCUGUUCCAUCAUGUGAAGUUGGAGCCAGAGGCGGGGGAGACAGCCCCCCACUUCCUCCCUUGGGGUGCAGAGGCACGGGGAGAGGGAGGAUGAGACAGUUUAAGACCCUGGAUGUGACUUUUUCAGAUGGCCACAGUGAGGGCUCAGGAGACAGGAAUGGAAUUGAAGAAGCCAGGCCUGCCAGGAGGGCCUGACAUUAAGCGAGAACCAUCACACCCCAAGCCAGGCAGUAGGCUGUGGAGGGAGCAGUUGCCCCAGUGUCUCCUACUCCAGAGGAAGGAAGGGUAUUGGGGGACUGGGGACAUGCUGGCCUCACCUUCAGCACCAUGCUCUUCCACACAGCAUUCCCAUGCAGGCGGGGGAUGGGAAGGGCCCUUGAGCUCUCCCUGUCCCCUCUGAGAAGUGGCAAUGGACUGGACAAUGGGAAAGCUUAGCCCAGAUGCUUCAUAACUGAAACCAGGAGGGCAAGGGCUGACCAGAGCUGGGAAGGAAACCUCAUCUUUGCAUAGCCCAUGCGUCACAGAGAGGUGACAUCAUACAUUCACACGCUUCUCACUGAAGUCCCCAGGGCCCAGGGGAGAAGCCCCAGACCCCCUUCUCUUGCAGAAUGUGGGGGUGGUGGUGCUGCAGGGGCAGGACUGAUGGUGGUCACCAGACUUUCCUGCCCUCAGGGCGGUACAGUUGGCGUUUGUUUUCUAGACUCUUGUCUUUGGAAUUUGGGGGGGGGGGGUUGUUUCAAUCUGUUGUCUGUUCU